UUUUGUUGUUUUUAUUAGUUUUCUUUAAUUUUCAAGUGUACAAAUUGCUAAAAAUAUCAGCAAACAUUGCAUAAAUGUGUGCACCCUUAGACUAACUUUAAUAUCAACAGCAAAGUCCUAUAACUUUACGUAGUUUCCGGCAUUUUUCUUGUGUUCUCGUAAUUUUCAAUUCACGGCCCCGUGUAUCUCAAUCUUUGCGUUCGUCGGUGUUUUGUGAAUGUUUUGUUUUGCAUUUAACACAUUUUUAAUGCGUUAGAAGUUACGUGUUUGUUUUUGCUGGCGACUGAAGCAAGUUCCUCUUGUGCAAGGAAACUACAAAUGUUAAAAACAUAAGCAAUCAAGCCGCUACGAGCCAACUCAGCUAGACACAAUUUUGUCGAGCAGUGCAUCCAUCCAAAGUCUUAGCCAUAAAACGUGAACGACGCGUCCAAAGUCAAAGUCUUGCCAUUUUAUCGAAUAAACAGCAACAAUCAACUGCCAGCCAACAAAAGGACUCAACACAAAAGAAUUAAAUAUACACAUAUAUAAAGAUAUAUAUUCGUAGCAACUAUUAUUGGGGGCAAUAUGGAGCUCGACCAUGUUUGAACGGUUCCGUUUGAGCAACCUAAGCAGAAACUAUCGUUUACGCGGAGGCAGCUCAGAACUGGCGCGCGAUAAGAAACAACAGCGGCAGCAAUGCGUCACCGUACUAUUCCUAGAUGACAUCACGCACACCUUUCGGAUUGAGAAACGUGCGAAAGGCGCUGAGCUCUUAGAUCAGGUCUUUCAAUAUCUCGAACUAUCCGAAAGGGACUAUUUUGGCCUUUUAUUUCCACAGAAACCCGGCGAUGUUGUGAGAUGGGUCGACGCUCAAAAGCAAUUCAAGAAGCAAUGCAGCAGCGUCUCGCUUGACCACGAUGCCGUUCCAUUAUUAGAGUUUAGGGUUAAGUUCUAUGUAAGCGAUCCCAGCCGUUUGCAGGAGGAGUUCACACGCUAUCAGUUCUAUCUGCAGAUAAAGCGCAACAUCUUGCUUGGCCAACUGCCCUGCUCCAGCAACACCCAGUGCCUGCUUGCCAGCUACACCGUGCAGUCGGAAUUAGGCGACUUCAAUGCCGUGGAGCAUCAGCCGGGUUAUUUGAGCAAUCUGCAGCUGCUGGCGGAUCAAUCACCGGAGGCAGAGCGUAAAGUCUGCGAGCUGCACAAGCUGCAUCGUGGUCAGCUGCCCGCAGACGCGGAAUAUAAUUAUCUGGAGCAUGGCAAGCGACUGGAGCUAUAUGGCAUCGAUUUGCAUCCAGCCACCGAUUCGAAUGGCAAGGAGCUGCAGCUGGGCGUGUCAGCCAUAGGAUUGCUGGUGUUUCAGCAUGGCUUGCGCAUUAAUACGUUCUCCUGGAGCAAGAUGGUCAAGGUGUCGUUCAAGCGCAAGGAUUUCUUCAUACAACUGCGACGCGAGCCCAGCGAAAGCUACGACACGCUGCUGGGCUUCGGCAUGAGCAGCCACAAACAUGCCAAGGCGCUGUGGAAGAGCUGCGUGGAGCAUCACAGCUUCUUCCGACUGAAGCGUCCACAUCGCCUGUCGCGCUUCCUCAACAUUAGCUUGGGCAGCAAGUUUUACUAUUCGGGGCGCACGGAGCUGCAGGCGGUGCAGGAGUCCAAGCAGCGCGGACGCAUACACAAGGUGUUUGUGCGCUCGCCCAGCAAGCGGCUGCUUGCCUCCGAGGGCGGAGCAAGCAACUCCCUCGAUGGUGCACAUCAUCAGCUGCAGAAUGGCACGGGCGGCAGCGGAUCCGACAGCGCCGCCUCGCACAACGGCAAGCCGUCCACCAUACUGACCAUAACGAAAACGAGCCGUCCACAUGACACGUCCAAGGUGACGUCCAAGCAGGCCGACGCCAUGCCGCGCAAGGCCUGGGAGCAGCACAGCGAUGAGUACGAUAUACAACUCGAUGUUGGCUUCAUUGAGCAGUGCACGCGCCGCUUUGACUCGGGCACGCCUUCGCCUAUGCCGCCGGCGUAUAGCUCGGGCCAGCACAGUCCGCUGCUGCUGCCCACGACCAUAGCGGAUGCAGUGGGUCAGCAGCAGCCAGACAGUGGCAGCGAUUUGAUUACCAUGCGCUUGUUAGCCGAUGAUCAGGGCCGCUAUGGCUUCAAUGUGAAGGGCGGCGUUGAUCUGGGACUGCCCGUGCAGGUGUCCAAGGUGGUGCCGCAUACGCCUGCAGAUCGCUGCACGCCGCGUGUCUGCGAGGGCGACGAAGUCGUCAUGAUCAAUGGGCACAGCACGCUUGGACUGCGACACGAGCAGGUGGUGGCCAUGAUACGCGAUUGCCGUAAUCAGGCGAGUGGUGAGCUGCUGCUCACAGUGCGUCCCAAGCGCUGCGCCCCACUGCUGCUGGAGGAGGAGCCGCUUUAUCAGUACGUGCCCGAGAGCGAUGAGAUUGGCUCGCACUCGAAUCUGCUUGACGGCGAUGCGCUCUUCACACAGAGUCUGCUGCUGUUGAGUGAUGGCCUCGCCUCAGGUGCGCUGCUGGCGCAGUACGAGCUCAUGUAUCGCAAGAAUCCGGAGCUGGCUAUCACAGAGGCGCGUAAGCCGGCAAAUGCGCCCAAGAAUCGUUAUCGCGAUAUAUCUCCAUAUGACUGCACACGUGUCUCGUUGGUGAACUCGCUGACUGGCGACUAUAUCAAUGCCAACUAUGUCAAUAUGGAAAUACCUGGCGGCGUGGUGAAUCGCUAUAUAGCCACGCAGGGACCGCUUGCCAGCACAACAACCGACUUUUGGCGCAUGGUGCAGCAGGAGAGCAGCCAUCUGCUGGUUAUGCUCACCACGGUCAUGGAGGCGGGCCGCCAGAAGUGCCACCAGUACUGGCCUGUCACCGGUGAGGAGCUGCAGCUGGGCGAUGGCUUCUCUGUGCGCUGUCUCAGCGAGAAGCCCGACGAGACGGGCAGCUUUGUCUUUCGCGAGUUUGUGCUGCGCGACAAGCACGAGCAGCGCCACAUACAUCACAUGCAAUACCUGGCCUGGCCAGAUCACUGUGUGCCCUCCGAUCCCAAUUUGUUUUUGGAGUUUACGGAGCGUGUGCGUGCCGCACGCAAUCGCACGCUGCUGCAGGAAAUCGAGGAGAGCCUAAAGCAGGUGCGACUGCUGGACGCCGAUGCGGAUGACAAUUUGGGACUCAUGAGCGAGCGCAAGUGUGCAGCCAGCAAUGGCGCCACGCCCGAAGACGAAACGCCGGUGUCCACCAGCGUGCAUCAAUGCAUAAGUGCCGCCAAUCCGCCUGUCAUUGUGCAUUGCUCAGCUGGCAUUGGACGCACUGGUGUGCUCAUACUUAUGGAUACGGCGCUAGCGCUUAUGGAGGCACGCGAGCCUGUCUAUCCGCUGGACAUUGUGCGCACCAUGCGUGACCAGCGCGCCUGCAUGGUUCAGAAUGUGAGCCAAUAUCGCUUUGUUUGCGAAUGUAUUUGCGCUGCUUAUAUGAAGAUCUCGCGCAGCAGUGCGGCCAUCAACGACGAUGAUGAUUAGCUCCCCCUCCAAGUUCUAUUAGCGGACAAUCUAAAUACAAAUCUUCCCUACUCUAUAUCUAUAUGCCGUCUCUAAGUUGACGCCUGCGGUUACUCUCAAUCUUUAUCAAACAAUUAUGAUACAUAUACUUAUAUUUAAAAUGCAAACCCCAAUCUUAUUGUUAGUUUAUAUUCUUAGUAGCUAUAAUGUAUGCUUCACCAUUAUGUAUAUCAUUAUGAUUAUUAUUAUUAUUAUCACUAUUGUGUCUCUGUAUGUAUUUAUGUCUUCUAAUUGUAUAUCGCAUAUGGGCAAUAAUCCACGCAAGUGCUGCUGAAAACUCCAAGGAAUCAAUUCUAAAAUUUACAAAAUAAAAACAUAUAUUCUAAAGAACAAAACUACCUAAAAAUCAUGAUGUAUACAAAAACGGAAAAUGCGCAUUGCGUUUAAGAUCAACUGCAUAUUUAUUUACUAUAUAGAGCAGCGAAGCGAUUCGUUAAUAAAUUCUAAGUAAUUGAAAAAAAAAGAGAAUUAAAAACUGUUAGUAUUUUAGC